CAAUUUCUCUGCACAUAGGAGUUACUCUCAAAGUUGGUUUCUUUUAGGGAUCCCCUGACAUCCACUGGUAGUGACACAUGUCUGUCUGUGUAAUGGGGAAGAACCUGAAGAAUGUCCUGGUGGUUUCCUGUGGAUUCUUCCUUCUCUUCACAGCCUAUGGAGGCCUGCAGAACCUGCAGAGCAGCCUCUACAAUGAGGAUGGCCUGGGCGUGGCGACCCUCAGCACCAUCUACUGUACUAUGAUGCUGUCCUCCAUGUUCCUCCCACCUGUCCUCAUCAAGAAGUUUGGCUGCAAGUGGACCAUGGCGGGCUCUAUGUGCUGCUACAUGACCUUCUCCCUGGCCAACUUCUACCCCAACUGGUACACCUUGAUCCCUACUUCCGUCUUGCUGGGCCUGGGCGCAGCUCCUCUGUGGUCGGCCCAGUGUACCUACAUCACCAUCAUGGGAAAUCUGCAAGCACAGAAAGAGGGGAAGCUGGCCAAGGAUGUGGUGAACCAGUACUUUGGCCUCUUCUUUCUUAUCUUCCAGUCCUCUGGAAUGUGGGGCAACCUCAUUUCCUCACUGGUGUUCAGCCAGAUGCCCAGUAAAGUGGCCAUCCCAGAGGAUCAGCUCAAGUCCUGUGGAGCCAAAGACUGUCUAAUGGACACAGAGGUCAGCAAUAGCACCUACCACCCCUCCCACCAUCUAACCUACACACUCCUGGGUAUCUUCAACGGGUGUGGUGCCCUGGCCAUCCUGCUGGUGUCCGUGUUUCUGGAGUCUGUGGAAAACAGAUUGGCUAGUGAAGGAGAGGCAAGGCCCAGAUCGCCACCUCUCUUGUCCACUGUACUCUCGACCUUCACACUGUUUAAAGACAAGCGCUUGUGCCUGCUGAUGUUCCUGCCACUGUACAGUGGGCUCCACCAAGGGUUUCUCUAUGGAGAGUACACAAAGUCUUACGCCACCUGUGCCCUGGGCAUCCAUUUCGUGGGCUAUGUGAUGAUCUGCUUCUCGGCUGUCACCUCCCUAUGCUCCCUGCUAUAUGGGAAGAUCUCCAAGUACACGGGCAGGGCAGCACUCUAUGUGACGGGUGCUACCAUUCACCUCGUUUGCAUUAUCAUCCUCCUUCUGUGGCGCCCGAACCCAGCCCAGCUGCCUGUCUUCUUCAUCCUCUCUGGCCUGUGGGGAAUGGCAGAUGCCGUCUGGCAGACACAGAACAACGCUCUGUACGGCGUCCUGUUUGAGAAGAAAAAGGAAGCUGCCUUUGCGAACUACCGCCUUGGGGAAGCCUUAGGGUUCGUCAUCGCCUUUGGGUAUAGCUCGUUCCUGUGUGUGAGGACCAAGCUCUAUAUUCUCUUGGGCAUCUUGAGCCUGACCAUCACGACUUACGGGACUGUUGAGUACCUGGAAUCCAGGGCUGCUGGCAAGGGCCCUCCUGCAGGAGAGAAAAGCGAGGCAGGAAAAGAAGAAAUGAAGACAGAGAUAUGAGUUCAGCCGAGCCAUGGCCAAAACUUCAGCCCAGGUCGGCGGAGGAGGUCUGUAUGGCAGCACUCAGUAGGUAGACACCCGCCAACUGUUUCAGCAGUAUCUGGACAUUCUGGAGAGUAUUUUUUUAUGGAUUUUUCUCAACUUGACAAAUUUCCAGUCCAUUUUUCUACUCGCAGAGAUCAAGGGUAUAUAUGUAACAGGCUGGGAACACAGCGUAGCGCUGGGGUGCUUGCUCAGCACGCGAAAGGCCACGUGUUCAGUCCCCACUACCACAAAAAGAAGGCAACACCUGUACAGGGGCAAAGGAGAUGGCUCAGUCCGUACAGUACUUUCCAGGCCAAGCAUGCAGACAUCAGCUUGAACCCCGACACACGUUAAAAAACAAAGGCAAGGAUUGGUAAUGGCAAUGCACACUUGCCAUUGUGCGUCCUACACUGGGGAGGCAGAGGCAGAGAGGUCCAUGGAGCUCAUUGGCUCUUCAGGCUAGCCAGAUCCAUGAGCUCCAGGUCCAGUGAAAACCUUACUGAGGUUAACAGAAACUGGGGUCACCUAAUGUCAACCUCUGGCCUAUAUACACUACACACACA